UUUCCUUAUGUGUUUCUUUUUAUGGGGGGUCCACACCACUCCUGCAUAUUCCAAUCUAGGUCUUAUUUUAGAGUGUGUGUGUGUACGUGGGGUUGGUAUUGGAGUAUAUUGUAUGUUUGUAGUGAGUUUAAGUGUGUUUGUUGGUAUUUUGUAGUGAUGCAUGGUGUUUUAGUUGAGUGUUUUGGGUUAGCUUUGAGUGUUCUGAAUGUGUUGGGUGUGUGGGAGCUAUGUUCUGGGUGUGUUAUUGUGAAAACAUUGAUAUUUCCUUAAAAAGAUGAUUUUCCCUCAUUACUACCUUCUCUCUUUACAGUCCGUACAAGAACCGACAUUCCCUAACAAAAAAAAAAAAAAAAACCAGCACUGGUGAGUGAGCGUGACAAGAUCGGGAUGUGCGGAGGUUGAGGAGCCCCGCAGCCCGCCUGGCCCCGCCACAAGCCACGAGGUGACGAGGGCUCAUAGGAUCUGUGGGAUCGUCGAAGCCCGAAAACAACAACAACAACAACAACAAGCCACGAGUGACGAGCACCAGCAGGCCAACACGCGGGUCUUUCGACGGUGGCGGUGCAGCAGCGUGAGGAGAAGGUGCCUGGUGACGCAGGACAGCAGUGGUGAGAGAGCAAGACCUGACUGGCAAGUCCUGCCAUCCAUUCUGCCCCAGAGGCCCUCAGGGGCCAGAUCGGCGUCCAGCGACAGGACUCCCUCCAUGCAUCCCCAGGGUUCCUGCAGGACCAACAGUGGCCAGGAGUAGUGUUGCAAUGGAGGGUGCAAUGCCAAGUAGCAGCAGCAGAUGUAGCAGGAGGAACGGCUGGGAGCAGCAGAUGACCCCAGGUGUGAGGACCUACACUUGUGACCACUGUGGCAAAGUGUGCUCCACCAAGGCUGCCAUUGCCAGACACAUCCUCUCCCAUGCCGGCAAGACAAGGCUGAGAGGCAAGAGUGGCCUCACUGAACACACUGCCACCCACGCUGGCGGCAGGAACUACAAGUGUGACCACUGCGGGAAGACAUUUGCCCAGAAGAGUUGUGUUGCCAGACACAUCAUGUCCCACAUUGGAAAGAGAAAGUUCCAGUGCCUGGAGUGUGGGAAAAGAUUUACCAGGAAAGAUAAUAUUGACACACACAUCCUGACCCACACUGGGGAGAGAAAGUUCCAGUGCCUGGAGUGUGGGAAAAGAUUUACCAGGAAAGUUAAACUUGACACACACAUCCUGACCCACACUGGGGAGAGAAAGUUCCAGUGCCUGAAGUGUGGGAAGAGAUUUACCCUGAAAGGUACCCUUGACAGACACAUCCUGACCCACACUGGGGAGAGAAAGUUCCAGUGCCUGGAGUGUGGGAAAAGAUUUACCAGGAAAGGUACCCUUGACAGGCACAUCCUGACCCACACCGGGGAGAGAAAGUUCCAGUGCCUGGAGUGUGGGAAGAGAUUUACCCAGAAAGGUACCCUUGACACACACAUCCUGAGCCACACUGGGGAGAGAAAGUUCCAGUGCCUGGAGUGUGGGAAAAGAUUUACCAGGAAAGGUACCCUUGACACACACAUCCUGACCCACACUGGGAGAGAAAGUUCCAGUGCCUGGAGUGUGGGAAAAGAUUUACCCACAAAAGUAAUCUUAACAAACACAUCCUGACCCACACUGGGGAGAGAAAGUUCCAGUGCCUGGAGUGUGGGAAAAGAUUUACCAGGAAAGGUACCCUUGACACACACAUCCUGACCCACACUGGGGAGAGAAAGUUCCAGUGCCUGAAGUGUGGGAAGAGAUUUACCCUGAAAGGUACCCUUGACAGACACAUCCUGACCCACACUGGGGAGAGAAAGUUCCAGUGCCUGGAGUGUGGGAAAAGAUUUACCCACGAAAGUAAUCUUAACAAACACAUCUUGAUCCACACUGGGGAGAGAAAGUUCCAGUGCCUGGAGUGUGGGAAAAGAUUUACCAGGAAAGGUACCCUUGACACACACAUCCUGACCCACACUGGGGAGAGAAAGUUCCAGUGCCUGAAGUGUGGGAAGAGAUUUACCCUGAAAGGUACCCUUGACAGACACAUCCUGACCCACACUGGGGAGAGAAAGUUCCAGUGCCUGGAGUGUGGGAAAAGAUUUACCAGGAAAGGUACCCUUGACAGACACAUCCUGAGCCACACUGAGG